CAAUUCCUGCGCCAUUGCGACGCCUCCUAUCAUCGGCCGGGGUAAAAAGUCCUGGUUCGUGUCAUCGUUCCUCCACGGGACUUCCCCGACAGCCAUGGCCCGUUGACGGCUCGUUUGUCCCCGGUCCAUCCCCGUCUCUUCAUCCAUUCCCCCCUAUAAAGGGGAGAUCGCCACCGUGGUCAGACCUGGAAUUCAGCAGAUCAUCUCCUCAAUUGCAUCCUGCGUGUUUCACCGAUCUCAUCAUGUUCUUCCGCAGAGAGUUGGGGGCUGUCGCAGCCCUAUCCAUGCUGGCCCAUGCUGCCCCUGCCCCGGUGCAGCGUAGGGAUAUCACCUCUGCCGUGUUGGACAAGAUCGAUCUGUUCGCCCAAUACAGCGCAGCAGCCUACUGCAAGUCCAACAUUGAGUCGACCAGCACGACUCUGACCUGCUCCGUGGGCAACUGCCCUCUCGUCGAGGCCGCGGGUGCCACCACCAUCGAUGAAUUUGACGAGAGCAGCGAAUACGGCGACCCCACCGGAUUCGUCGCCGUCGAUCCAACAAACGAGUACAUCGUUCUCUCCUUCCGAGGCAGUUCCGACCUCGAGAACUGGAUCGCCAACCUCGACUUCGGCCUCACCUCCGUGAGCGACAUCUGCUCCGGCUGUGAAAUGCACAGCGGCUUCCACGAAGCCUGGGAGAACAUUUCCGCCACCAUCACCUCCAAGGUGGAGGCCGCGGUUGCCGAGUACCCGGAUUACACUCUCGCAUGCACGGGACACAGCUACGGCGCUGCUCUGGCUGCCAUUGCCGCGACUGUGUUCCGUAACGCGGGCUACACUGUUGAACUGUACAACUACGGCCAACCCCGCAUCGGCAACCUCGCUCUGGCCGAAUACAUCACCGACCAAGACAUGGGCGGUAACUACCGGGUGACUCACACCGACGAUAUCGUCCCCAAGCUGCCUCCCAAGUUGCUGGGUUACCACCAUGCCAGCCCCGAGUACUGGAUCACCAGUGGUAAUGAUGUGACGGUGACGGUUGAUGAUGUUGAGGAUAUUGUGGGGAUUGAUUCUACCAAGGGCAAUGAUGGCACGCUGCUGGAUAGCGUCAAGGCUCAUCGUUGGUAUACCAUUUAUAUUAGUGAGUGUUCGUAAUCACCCCUAGUACACAUAUCUCGGAUAUACUGGUGGUUGGUUAGGUUGUAUAUAGGUUUCAUGUGGUAUUUAUGUUAUGAUAAUAGUAAUUGAUGAUUGUUUACA